GGCAUUAACAUGAAAAAGAAUUAGUGAAUAAAGUAUCUCAAAUUCUCACUCCAUAAAAACCCAACCCCAUAUCUAAAUUCCUCCAUUCCUUAAAAAAAAAAAAAACUAAUACUUCAAUUCACUCUUCAAACAAAACCCUUUCUCCUUGGAUCCUUUUUUCUCCUUGGAUUCCUUUUCUAUAUCACCAAAAACAUUACAAAAAAUAAAAAACACAAACCUCAAAAAAAUCAAAUACAAAAAAUGUCAUCAUCUCCUUUCCCUUCUUGUUUCCGCCCCACUCCAACAACCGACGACAACCACCAUUCUCCACCGCCGCCGCCACCGCCACCGCCGUCGAAUUCAACCAACCCUAAUCUCUCAACCUAUCUUUACCAAACCGACAUAGGUUUAGUUUCUUUGACUUGGUCACGCUCCAUUCUUGGUCGUUCUCUUCACGUUCAACUUCAUCACCACCCAUUCGAUUCUCCACCACCACCACCCAACCCUUCUUCUUCUUUUCAUCUUCACAUCAAACCCUUCAUUUUCUGGAAAAAACACGGAACAAAGAAACUCUCUUCAAACACUCACCUUUUCUGGAACCUCUCAAAAGCUAAAUUCGGGUCAGGACCCGACCCGAACUCCGGUUACUACUUCGCUGUUGUCGUCGACAAAGAAAUGACCCUUUUGAUCGGAGAUUCGAACAAAGACGCUUACGCUAAGUCCAAAGCUAAAGAACCCAAAAAUGGACAAUUUUUGGUGUUAAAGAGGGAACACGUUUUUGCGAACAAAAUCUAUGUUACUAGAGCGAGAUUUGGUGGGAAAAUGAGAGAGAUUCAGAUUGAUUGUGGUGGAAGGGAUCAUUCUAGACUUUGUUUCAGUGUGGAUGGGAAAAAAGUGUUGGUUAUUAAGAGAUUGAAAUGGAAAUUCAGAGGAAAUGAAAGAGUUGAAAUUGAUGGUGUACCUGUUCAGAUUUCAUGGGAUGUUUAUAAUUGGUUGUUUGUGAAAGAUAACAACGAUGGACACGCGAUUUUCAUGUUUAAAUUUGAAGAAGAUGAGAACAAUGAAGAACAAAUUGUUAGAGAGAGGAGUUUGAUGAAUUUGUGGACACAGCAGAAUUUGAAUAAUUUGGGGGUUUACGAGUUGGGGAAAAUUGGUAAGAGUUGGUCGUCUUCAUCGGUUUCCAUGGCUUCUUCGGGUGGUUCUUUUGGUGCAAGUUCGUCUGUUUUGGAAUGGUCUAGUGUUGAAGAGAAUGAAUUGGUUGUUCCAAUUGGGUUUUCUUUGCUUGUUUAUGCUUGGAAACGUUGAAUGGUGGUGAUUAUGAUUCUAUUUCUGGUGGCAUUUUCCUAUGUUCUAUGAUCAUUUUUAAUUAGAUAAUGAUGCUAACUAGUUAAAGUUUAGUUUUUUUUUUUCAAUCCACACUAACCCAUUUGUUCUGUGAACAUAGAGAUUGAAUAAAUUUAGUUUAGAAUUUAGAAGCUCGUGAGUAUUCAAUGAUUUGAUGGCAGAUCUCAACAGAUUAUUCUUUACAAGUGAGAAGAUCAUAGAUAGCAGUAGUUGGAUUUGAGGUCUUUGUAUUAUCUUAAGAAUUGUGGAACUUAUUGCAUUGUAACAUUUCUUUUAGAACUCAAUUGUUUGCACCUAUUUUGUUGUGAAAAUGAGAAUCAAAUUGAUUAUUACAUGAAUUA